GGUUUUCCGCUGGCGAUCUAUUCACCAUAAAUAAAUUCUCAUUCAAAUUCUUUUCAUGCGCUUUGGUUAUUUAUAUAAUUUCCUUCGCAAAUAUAAACACCAGAAUAGCCUGUACACAUACCGACUAGCAAAAAUAUUCUGAUCCAGUGCAAAAUGAAUGUUGUUAUGUUGCAUUAUAUUUUAUGUGGUCAAAGGUACCUCCGUGUUCAUCGUUACAGCACGUUCGCGAGCCGAACAAUGAAUGUGGAAAUAUCAAGCGUGAAUUUGUAAACAAUAAAGCACCGUUUCGCCGUUGCUGGUUAAGGAAAUAAUUGGUCGAGGAAAGUGCUAAAUAGGUACUCACACAAAAUCAUCAACAUUUGUCGAGUUAUGUGCGACUAGCAUGCGGAAAAGUCAAGUGUUCUUGCUCGCUCUACUGGCGUUCCUACUUCUAAUAAUAGACCAGUACUCCCUGAAACUCCUCAAACUGGAGAAAUGGACCAGAUUGAACCCCAGGACCAAGUAUGUUCUGUACUGGACGGAGAUGUUCCACCAAGCGGAUUUCAAUCUCGGUUUUGGGCGGAAAAUAUUCGAGAACUGUUCCGUCAACAAUUGUUUUGCUACCAACAACAGAAGUAUGAUGUCUUUGGAAGAUUUUGACGCCAUAUUGUUCCACGGAGUCGAGUUCAGUCCUCUUUUUCAUGGGGUACCGACAAAGAGAUCGCCCCAUCAAGUCUACGUGUACUCCAAUCAAGAAGCGCCUACUAACAGCCCAAAGUUAACAGUACCAAAGAAUUUUUUUAACUGGACGAUGACCUACAGGUCUGACUCGGAUGUUAUCCGUCCUUAUGGUUUCUUUGAAGCCUCCACAACCGACUACUACCCACCUUCGAUGGGAGAAAUAAAAAACAAAAGGAAAAAAAUCGCUUGGUUGGUUUCCAACUGUAUAGCUUCUAGCUUAAGAGAAGAUCUGUACCGAAAAAUAAGUAAAUUCGUACAAGUUGACGUAUACGGAGCUUGUGGGAAUCUAACUUGUUCUAAAAAGGACGCUGACGGAUGUUAUAAAUUUUUAGAAAAACACUAUAAAUUUUACUUGUCGUUCGAAAACUCUCUGUGCAAAGACUACGUCACAGAAAAGUUAUUCAACAUUCUGAAAUAUAAUUUAGUUCCUAUUGUGUACGGGGAUGCUGACUAUGAAGUAAUCGCCCCACCGCAUUCUGUGAUAAACGUGCUAGAAUAUAAGAGUAUAAAAGAACUAGCGAAACACAUAAGAAAAUUGGAUGAAGAUGCAGCAGAAUAUUUGAGGUAUUUCGAGUGGAAGAAAACCUACGUUGUGAGUACAAGCAACAAACUUUCGUUGUGCCAACUUUGUGAAAAACUUAACGAACCAGUCGCACAAAAAGUGUAUAGUGAUGUGGAUGAAUGGUGGAGGACACCGAAAAUUUGUAAAACUGGAAAUAGUUUACCCAAAAUAUCACCAAACUGAGAUAAUUGUAUCAACUUUUUGCCCUAUUGUGAAAAUUAUAAAUUCUUUAUUUUCUA